AUGGACACAUAGGAUAACAUGCUGGGGAUGGAUACAUAGGAUAACAUGCUGGGGAUGGACACAUAGGAUAACAUGCUGGGAAUGGACACACAGGAUAACAUGCCGGGGAUGGACACACACAGGAAAACAUGCCGGGGAUGGACACAUAGGAUAACAUGCUGGGGAUGGACACAUAGGAUAACAUGCUGGGGAUGGACACAUAGGAUAACAUGCCGGGGAUGGACACAUAGGAUAACAUGCCGGGGAUGGACACAUAGGAUAACAUGCCGGGGAUGGACACAUAGGAUAACAUGCCGGGGAUGGACACAUAGGAUAACAUGCCGGGGAUAA